AUGAGGCUGUACGAGGAGCUCCCGGCGGAGAUCUCCCACGACGCCCACCCUGCGCACGAGCUGAAGCUUCUGUCCGCCGACGGCCCGCCGUUCCGGUGCGAUGGCUGCAAGGAGCCCGACGGUGGCAGGGGCCGGAGGUACCGGUGCGACGCCUGCGAGUUCGACCUCCACAUUACCUGCGCCCUCGCGGCGCUCACCCUGAAGCACCCUCUCUUCGGCGGCGAGGUCGAGUUCGAGCUCCUCCAGGAGGCGCCACCGCCCGUGGACGCCACCUACUGCAACGCCUGCGGCCUCAGGGCGCGCGGCCUUGUCUACCACUGCUUCAAGCGCGACCUCGACCUCCACCCGUGCUGCGCGGCGCUGAGGAUGGAGAGCGUCCUCCCCGACGGGCACAUGAUCCGACUCUGCGGGGAGGCCGAGCUCCGGUGCGUCGUCUGCGGCGAGAAGGGGCGCUCCUCCAGCAAGAGGUUCUGGGCGUACCGGUGGUGCUACGACGGGGCGCACGCGUGCCUGCACGUCGCGUGCAUGAAGAAGAUCGCUGUGCAGAGCUGGGAGCAGGCCUGUCAGGACAGCGUCGGCGGCAGCAGCAUCGUGGAGCCGAGCGUGCCGAUCAUGAGGGGCGUGCUGCGGAGGCGAUCGCCAGGGAAUGCGGGGAGUACGAGCAGCGGGCUCGACCAGGGCAUCCGUGGCCUGGAGAACCUCACCAAUAUCGUUGAGGUGGUCUCGGCAGUGUCAUCGUUGUAGUGAUAAUCGGAAUCAUGAACCCCUUGCCCAUGCAUGAUCGAUCGAGCAAAAGGAGGACCGUGCACUUUGUACAUUUUGUCUACUAUAGAAAUGCUUUUCAUAUAUAUAAGAUUGCUUGAUUUGGACUUUA